UCCUACCGUAGUCCCGCCCGCCUUUCCAGUCUUCCGGUCUCCCGCUCCUAGGUGGCGCCAGUGAACUCCCGCUUCCGGUCAUCCAUGUCCUGCCCCUUCCGUCUCGCUGGUGGCGGAGACCCUUGCCCGGGUCUCCUCAGGGUCUGGGGUGGGAUCCCCGUGCGGGACGCCUGAGCUGGUAGAGCCGCGCCCCAGGGACCGAUGGCGAUGAACUGCAACGCCAAGGGCGAGGUGGACGGCGGGCCCCAGUGUGCGCUGGGGGGCGCCGCGAAGACGCGGAGGCCGGACAACACGGCCUUCAAGCAGCAGCGGCUGCCCGCCUGGCAGCCCAUCCUCACGGCGGGCACCGUGCUGCCCACGUUCUUCAUCGUCGGCCUCAUCUUCAUCCCCAUCGGCAUCGGCAUCUUCGUCACCUCCAACAACAUCCGCGAGAUCGAGAUUGAUUAUACCGGAACAGAGCCUUCCAGUCCCUGCAAUAAAUGUUUGUCUCCGGAUGUGACACCAUGCGUUUGCACCAUUAACUUCACAGUGGAAAAGGCAUUUGAGGGCAAUGUGUUUAUGUAUUAUGGCCUGUCUAAUUUUUAUCAAAAUCACCGGCGUUAUGUGAAAUCUCGAGAUGAUAGUCAGCUAAAUGGAGAUUCUAGUGCUUUGCAUAAUCCCAGUAAGGAAUGUGAGCCUUAUCGAAGAAAUGAAGACCUACCAAUUGCUCCUUGUGGAGCUAUUGCCAACAGCAUGUUUAAUGAUACAUUAGAAUUGUUUCUGGUCGCCAAUAAAUCUGAUCCUACCCCUACCCCUAUUCAUUUGAAAAGGAAAGGUAUUGCUUGGUGGACAGACAAAUACGUGAAGUUCAGAAAUCCUCCUGGAGAAGGAGCCCUGCAAGAACGGUUUAAAGGAACAACAAAGCCAGUAAACUGGCUCAAACCAGUGUACAUGCUGGAUUCUGAAGAGGAUAAUAAUGGCUUCAUAAAUGAGGAUUUUAUUGUUUGGAUGCGCACUGCAGCAUUGCCUACUUUUCGAAAAUUGUAUCGUCUUAUAGAAUGGAAAAACGAUUUACAUCCAACAUUACCAGCUGGACAGUACUAUUUGAAUAUCACAUAUAAUUAUCCAGUACAUUCUUUUGAUGGACGAAAACGGAUGAUCUUGAGCACUAUUUCAUGGAUGGGAGGAAAAAAUCCAUUUUUGGGGAUUGCUUACAUCACCGUUGGAUCAAUCGCUUUCCUUCUGGGAGUUGUUCUGCUAGUAGUUAAUCAUAAGUAUAGAAACAGUAGUAACACUGCUGACACCAUAGCAUUUUGAGGUUGGCUCAUAAAACUUUUUUUAAGAACAGUCUUUGUCCUUUGCUUCUUUGCUAUGGAUGGCUUAUAAAAUAUAUGAUGGAUAUAAAUAUUAGGUAUAUUGAUUCAUAUCAAUACUGUAACUGUUAAACUUGCAUUUUUAUGUUUGCUUCUUUUAGGCCAGUCUACAUGAUACAUAGAGCUUCUUUCAUGUGAAAUUUAUGUACUGCUUAAAUGUUGAUGCUGUGUCAAUAUCAUAUUGACAUAUAAUGCUGUACAUGUGUGCUGAUUACAUGAAGAAGGGUUAGAAGUGUAAUCACUUGCUAACCUUUCAGAUUCAAGAGUCACAGAAAGAUGAAAGACUAAAUGUAAACAAAAUAUGUCAUCAUUUUCAUGUGUCAUGUGUAAAGGCUUAAAGUACCAUCUUUAUUUAGCUGGUUCCUUUAUUCAGUUUGUCCAUUCUAGUGUUUAGUGAAGCUCAGCUUUGAUUUCAAAGGGUAUGCUUAUCUGUAAGGCAUGGAAGGUAAUGCUCAUGUCUAAAGAGGGCAGGCAUGUCCUGGACAGGAGAAUUAAAAUUUCUUCCUUUCACUUGUUAAAACAUUGCACUCGGGAACCCCAGCUCAUUUGAAAUGUUUUUCCAUGUGGUCUUUUCCCUUGAAGCUUUUGCUUAAUAAGGGAGAAAGAAUAUAGGUGUGACGGGCAAAUGCCCUGGCAGACCUUCAUCCUCUGCCUCCUCUGUAGACUAGAGGUCAAUGCCCAGAGAAGGCUGUUUUUGUUCUUGUGGUAUUUAACGUUCAGAAACUUACUUCAGCAUUGGAAAUACCUCAAACUAUUCUUCUUUUGCAGGUAAGUAUUUUGGCUUAAGUGCUAACGUUAUAUUCCAGAAUGUUUGAAAGUUUAAUUUCCUUCAAUUUUUAUGUACAGGUCAAAAAUGGAUGUGUAUUUUGGAUAUACAUUCUCUAAGGGCCGGGGAUUUAGCUCAGUGGCGCUGCGCCUGCCUCUUUAGUUAAUUUAUCAAUUGUUUUGGUUGGUUUUCCAAGACAUGCUUUAAGAAGAUAUUCUAUAAAUAUCCUAUUUCUGGGGAUUUGGGAAUAUGUACAUGAUUAAUUACAAUGUGUAUGGUUGAAGUUAUUUGCUAACUGGGAUUAUUUUAAUAUUCCUUAUUGAAUAAAUGCUGUAAUUGUUUGCUAUGGAACUUAUUCUUGAAGUAAAUGCAAACUUAUUUUUCCACAUACAUAAAAAUGUAUGUAUUUAAUAGAGGUGAUUUAAUUGCAUCUUUUUAAACUAAAAACUCAUGUUUAUAUAGAAGAAUGCCUGUUUGUAAUAAUUUCAUUCAGUCAUAUUUGAAAUUAGAAGGUCUGGGUAAUAUAUCAAUUUUGAUUAAUAUAUUUUUUUAAGAAAUAAAAAAAGUAGUUAAUAGAAAUGUACCACAGAUUAAGUUUUGUAUAACAUGAAACUUAGUUAAGAGAACUUGUAAUUCAUCAUGACUUUUAACUCAUAAAAAUAUUACUUCCAUGAGUUACCUGGUAUAUGAUUCUCCUAAAAUUUCUGAGUAGAGAGAGUAUUCUUUAUCUAGAUACAGUCUUUGUUUUGCCAGUCCUUUGGAAUGCUGUUUAUCUGAAAAUUGUCCUUUUUUCACAUAGUGUUUGUUUUUUGGGUCAUGGUGGAUGGAGAUUUUUUCAUUCUUUCUAGAUUGAGUCUGUGCUGUUUAAGGAGGUCUGCUGUCCUGCAUCCAUCUCUCUGUGUCUCUCUCUGUCCGUUUCUCUGUUUAUUGCCCCCCACCCCUUUUUUAAACUGGGGGACUAGAUAAAAGAAAAGUUGAAGAAGGGCUUGGGAUGUACCUCAGUGGCGCCGCACCUGCCUGGCAAGCGCAAGGUCCUGAGUUUGAUCCCAGUUACCAGAAAAAAAAAAAAAAAAAAAGUUGAAGAGCUCUUCCAACAUUUUCACAUUGCCAGAGAAGUUUAAAAUAUAAUUCAAUUUAAUCCAUUGUACAAGUGUAUUGAUGGCUUAAGGCCCUCCUCUCUCCUGCUAUUUGAACUCUGAGGGAUUCCUCUUCCUAAAUAUGAAGAAAAUUCAUAUGAAGAUAUUCAUAUGGCCCAUGUGAAGCAUGGGGAAGGGAAAACAUUUCCUUCUUACAGAUCUUAUGCUUAAAUUUUGGGAACAUUGAUGUCAUACUCAAAUUUCAAGGAAUCCUACUGCAUUUUAAGGCAAUCAGGUUAAGUAGAUGAUUUGGAAAAUGCAUUAAUUUGUAGGAAGUAUUUUAUCGUGAAAAGUUUUCCAGUUGAAGAUAUUCAGUAAAUAAAAGCUAAGAAAUUUCAUUGAAAUCCUGAGGUGAUUUACAAAUAAGUGGGAAAAAAAUGACUGUACUACCUAAUAGAGAAUCAUUCACCCUAAAGAGUCAAGUGGGUAUGAUUUAUUGGAUAGUGACAAUUUAUUUUUAACCUUGAGUAUAUUAAAAGAUAACAUUCUGUUUGUAUGCUCUGCAUUAAUAAAAAUGAACAAAAUUAA